AUGGCGGAUAAAGACGGACACCCUGUGAGUGAAAACUUUCUGAGGGACCUCUUAAACCACACAGACAAUUACUCCGAAACAGACCUCCUUGGUAGCUAUGACAACAUGAAGGAUUAUUCAAACUUUCUGACCGAUUUGGAAAAUGACCUAUACCGCCACAACGAACCGUUCACCAUUGUACUCAUAAUAUUCUUCAGUCUCACCUUCGUGCUGGGGAUUCUGGGAAAUACCUUCGUUAUCCUAGUGGUUGCUAAGCACCGGAGCAUGCGCACACUCACCAACGUAUUCUUCCUCAAUCUGACCAUCGGUGACCUCCUCGUCGUGUGUGUCUGUAUCCCCAUCACUCUCGGCAACUACGUCUACAGAGACUGGGUGUACGGGGAGGUGUUCUGCAAGGUCACCACCUUCCUCCAAGGGACGGCUGUUGGAGUCAGUGUCCUAAGCAUGCUCUUCAUCAGCAUCAACAGAUACUUUGCCAUACACAUACCUCUGCGUGCUAAAAUGUUAUUCACUCAAGGGAAAGUCGUUAUGAUGCUUGUUUCUGUGUGGGUCGUGUCUUUCGGGGCGGUAUCGCCUUUACUGUUCGUCAAUGAGAUUACGACUUGGGGAAUUCCAGGAAUAUUUGAAUCCAGGGUCUGUGAGGAGAAGUGGAAUGAGAUUGAAGACAAACAGUUUUACAAUUUGUUCAUGUUUAUAAUUCAAUUCUUGCUUCCCCUGGCUGUCAUGUGCGGGACAUAUAUCAAAAUAUCAUUUACCCUUUGGAAGGAGGAUGUAACGCUCUUCAACAGUGCACCUUCCGGUAAAGCUCAAGCAGACCGGAUAUUACGUCAGAGGAGGCGGACAGUCAGGAACCUGAUGUUCCUUGUGUCGCUUUUUGGCCUCUCUUGGCUUCCAUACUACAUUGUCAACAUUUGGCUAGACUUCAAUGUCGAGUCGGAAUAUGCUACCUCUGUGCUCAAUUAUAUAUAUCCCGUAGUGCAAUUACUCGGCAUUUCUAACUCGACUCUCAACCCGAUGUGCUAUUGUUUCCUGAGUAAGGGUUUCAGGCGGGCUAUGACGAACAUGUGCUGUUUGAAGAAGAGUAGGACCUCACAAGGCACGUCAAUAAUAGUCCGCUACAAAAUACCUCUCAGUGAUGACAGUGGCUUUGAGAGUGUGGAGACAGUAUUGUCAUAGACAAUUAGGUUGACACUUCCGUUGCUAACAACACGAAAACACCCAACUGUAAGUGAGAUGACAUUAAAUUUGAGGUUUCAUAAAUACGGCGCUGAAGUAGACGCUCUGUUUUUCAACAAUUAACUUUGACAACGCUGCCUUCAUUUGGAAUACGACUAACGGGAUCGGAGGUCAGGCUAAGGUUGUGUUUGUAUCUAGAAGGGGUAGAAUAGGUCUUCAGCAACCCAUGCUUGCCUUUAAAAGCGACUAUGCUUGUCGUAAGAGGCGACUAACGGGAUCAGGUGGUCAGACUCGCUGACUUGGUUGAUGCAUUUCAUCGUAUCCCAAUUGUGUAGAUCGAUGUUCAUGAUGUCAAUCUCUGGAUUGUCUGGCCCAGACUAGAUUAUUUAUAUUAUCAUAUACCAUAGUCUUGGGCUUUUAAUCUGGGAUUAAACAACCAAUAAACAAACCAAAAGAACAUGUAGGAGCAUGGCGAUGGCCAUAUCUGAAUGGUCUCUGAGUGCAUGGAAAUAAGGUCAUGCUUCUCUCGUUCCUUUUUAACGGUCAAUCAAUCCUUAAUAUUUGUAGAGGCAAUCUUUCAGGAUACAAAAUAAGUCGAAGUUGAAGGCACCAACGUAAAUUCAUCAAGUUAUCCGAAGUUCGUCACAACCGAAAAUGAUGAAUAAGGAAGGAAUACACAGGGACGAAGCUUGUACAUCGAGACAAGUUCGACGAAUCAAUGUUCGACACAAAUGUGUUUGAAUUGAAUACUAGUGUACAUGUAGAAGUAAAUCACAGUGUCACAGUUAUAUAAUGGUUAAAGC